CCUGAGCCGAAACUUUGGAGCUGGGGUGUUGAGCUACUGUCUUGGUGUCUGGCUGCCGCGGCCGCCCGCGCCGCCCUUCAGAGCUUGCGAAGCCCUGGACCUGGUCUGUGCGAGAGCGGGACGAUCGGAGAAGCCGCGCCAUGGUGCACCUCACUACUCUUCUCUGCAAGGCCUAUCAUGGGGGCCACUUAACCAUCCGCCUUGCUCUGGGUGGCUGCACCAACCGACUCUACCGCAUCGUGGCAGCUCACAACAAGUGUCCCAGGGACGGCCGUUUUGUAGAGCAGUUGGGCUCCUAUGAUCCACUGCCCAACAGUCAUGGAGAAAAACUCGUCGCCCUCAACCUGGACAGGAUUCGGCAUUGGAUUGGCUGUGGGGCCCACCUCUCUAAGCCUAUGGAGAAACUUCUGGGUCUUUCUGGCUUUUUCCCUCUGCAUCCUAUGAUGAUCACAAAUGCUGAGAGACUGCGAAGGAAACGGGCACAUGAAGUCCUCUUAGCUUCUCAGAAAACAAAUUCAGAGGCUACAGAAACAGAAACGAACUGACUUCAGUGAACACAGUGAUUAGAAGGUCAAGGUCUCCUAAAACAUUUGUGGAGAACUCUUACUUUUGUUAGGUUUGGAGGUCAAUAAAUGGAGUUUUCUGAGUCACCCAUGCUCUUUUGGCCUAGCCUGAGCAGGGGCAAGGCAAAGAUUUGUUAUUUUUUGAUGUAAGAGCUGGGUUAGAUACUAUUAAUGUUUUUCUGCCUUCAUUUGUAGUGACUGUGGGGAGGACUGGACUCUGUCUUGGACCCUGCCUGGGUCAGUUGGGCAGCUUUACAGUCUGCUGCCUUCUUCAGCAGACUUUCCGGCUUCAAAGUCUGGGCCAACCAGAAUGUUCUUGGCUCAUCCAAAUGUUUCCUUAGUCAUUCACGGUCAUCUUACAAGUUCAAGAACACAGUUAUCUUGCUUAUUGUUUUUUGUAAUUGGAGUUUUAUAUUGUUUAUUUGACAUAUAAUCUCAUCCACCUUUACAAAGAAUGAAAAUAGCCUAUUUUUAAGAAUGAGAAAUUAGAAGGAAGCUAACAUUGUAAAGCAUCGACAUAUACCCAAAGUUCUUUAUAUUCAAAAUUAUUUGAGAGGAUUAUAAAGUAUCCUGAAAGGAGGUAAGGUUAUCUCCAUUUACAGAUGUGGAAGCUGAGACUCCGGAGACAAAAACUUGCCCAGUGAUUCACACCCCAGUGUGCCUACCUGGAAAGUCUUUUCCAACAUAUUCUCUAUAUGUGGGGAAAACAAACACAUUAGAACUUUUGUUUGGGGUUUUUUUUUUGCAGUCGUAGGGUUUGAACUUAGAGCACCUGGUUGCUAGGCAGGUGCUUUGUCACUUGAGCUAUGCCCCAGCCCAAAGUUGAGGCUUUUAAAGUAUACUUAGAAAGUCAGUGAUAGAAUUAUGUUUGGGUAUCAUGAGUUUGGUAAUAUAAAUGACUGACUGCACAUCUGUCUCAUUGGAGCUGCAGGAUUCUAACCACAAGCAUGAAUUUCACAGCUUUUGUGCACUCUGGAUAGUGCAGAUUUCAAAUUCUGACAUAAGACCAAGAUAUGGGAAAUUCAUGGAGAAGGUUUUAAAGCCAUAGCAAUAUUCUUUGUUAGUCUCUGGGUUCUGGGGUUCUAAGAAGAGGUACUAGCCAACUCAAAUUCUGGGGACAAGAAGAGUCCCCAAGGGCUAUUGCUGCAUUACCUCCACUUACUUUGAGAAGACUUUGAAGCCAGGGAAGUUGGAGAGGAACUGACUUUAGCUGAGUUUGAUCUUGGAUCUGAGAAAGAUUUUUUUUUUUAGGGCUAUGGGGCAGUACUGGAGUUUGAACUUGGGGCUUGUGCUUGUUAGCCAGGCACUCUAUUGCUUGAGCUACACCU